CGGAAAGGAAUGGAAUGUAAUGGAAUGUACAAUGGAAGGGAAUGGAAUGUGGAAUGGAAUGUGGAAUGGAUUGGAAUGGAAUGUGGAAUGGAAAGUGGAAUAUAAUGUGGAAUGGAAUAUGGAAUCGAAUUGAAUGGAAUGUGGAAUGGAAUGCAAAGGAAUGUGGAAUGGAAUGGAAUGGAAUGUGGAAUGGAAAGAAUGGAUUGCGGAAUGGAAUGGAAUAGUAUGAACUGUGGAAUGGAAUGGAAUGGAAUAGAAUGUGGAAUGGAACAUAAUGGAAUGGAACGGAAAGUGAAAUGGAAUGUGGAAUGAAAUGAGAAGAGGAAUGUGGAAAGAAAUGUGAAACAGAAUGAAAAGGAACGUGGUAAGGAAUGGAAUGGAAUGUAAUGUGCAAUGGAAUGUAAUGGAAUGUGGAAUGGAAUGUGGAAUGUAAUGCAAUAGAAGAUGGACGGGGAUGUGUAAUGGAUUGUGCAAUGGAAAGUGGAAUGGAAUGUGGAAUGGAAUUGAAUGGAAUGUGGAAUGCAAGGGAAUAGAAUGUGGAAUGGAAUGUGGAAUGGAAUGGAAUGGAAUGUAAUGAAAGGUGCAAUGGAAUGGAAUGGAAUGUGGAAUGUAAGGGAAUGGAAUAUGGAAUAGAAUGUGGAAUGGAAUGGAAAGGAAUGGAAUGGAAUGUGCAUUGGAAUGGAAUGGAAUGUGGAAUAGAAAUGAACACAAUGUGGAAUGGAAUGGAAUGGAAUAUUUAAUGGAAAGGAAUGCAGUGAGGAAUGGAAUGGAAUGCUAUGGAAUGUGGAAUGAAAAGGAAUGGAAUGGAAUGCAGUGUGGAAUGGUAAAGAAUGGAAUAUAUAAUGGAAUGGAAUGGAAUGUGGAAUGGAAUUGAAUGGAAAGUAAUGCGGAAUGGUAUCGAAUGGAAUUUGGAAUGGAAUGUAAUUGAAUGGAAUGGAAUGUGAAAUUGAAUAGAAGGGUAUGUCGAACGGAAUGGAAUGGAAUGUGGAAUGGAAUGGAAUGGAAGGUGGAGUGGAAUGUGAAAUGGAAUGUGGAAUGGAACAUGGAAUGGAAUGAAAUGGAACUUGGAAUGCAAUGGAAUGGUACGUGGAAUGGAAUGCAAUGGAACAUAGAAUGGAACGUGGAAUGCAAAGUGGAAAGGAACGUGGAAUGGAAUGGAAUGGAUCAUGGAAAGCAAUGGAAUGGAAUGUGGAAAGGAAUGGAAUGGAAUGUGCAAUGGAAUGGAGUGGAACAUGGAAUGGAACGUGGAAUGGAAUGGAAUGGAGCAUGGAAUGGAUCUCAGAAUGGAACGUCUAAUGGAACGUGGAAUGGGAAGUGGAAUGGAAUGGAAUGGAAUGGAAUUGUAUGAAAUGUGGAAUGGAAUGGAAUGGAACGUGGAAUGGAACGUGGAAUGGAACGUGGAAUGGAAUUUGGAAUGGAAUGUGGAAAGGUGGAAUGGAACGUGGAAUGGAAUGGAAAAGGACGCGGAAUGGAACGUGGAAUGGAACGUGGAACGGAAGGUGGAAUGGAACGUGGAAUGGAAGUUGGAAUGGAACGCGGAAUGCAAUGGAAUGGAAUGUGGAAUGGAAUGUGGAAUGGAAGGUGGAAUGGAACGUGGAAUUGAAUGUAAUAGAACGGGGAAUGUAAUGUGGAAGGAAUGCUGAAAGGAAUGGAAUGGAAUGCGGAAAGUUUUCUAAUCGAAUGUGGAAUGGAAUGUGGAUUGGAAUGGACUGGAAUGUGGAAUGGAAUGUGGAAUGGAAUGGAAUGGAAUGUGGAAUGGAAUGGAAUGGAAUGUGGAAAGGAAACUGGAAUGGAGUUGAAUUGAACGUGGAAAGGAAUGUGGAAUAGAAUGUGGAAUGGAAUGGGACGGAAUGUGGAAUGAAAUGUGGAAUGGAAUGGAAUGGAAACUGAACUGGAAUGUGGAAUGGAAUGUUGAAUGGAAUGUGGAGUGGCAUGUGGAGUUGAACGGAAUGCAACGUGGAAUGCAAUGUGGAAUGGAAUGUGGAAUGGAAAGUGCUAUGGAAUGGAAUGGAAUGUGGAAUGGAACGUGGAAUGGAAUGCGGAAUGGAUCGUGGGAUGGAGUGGAAUGGAAUGUGGAAUGGAACGGAAUGGAAUGUGGAAAGGUAUUGAAUGUAAUGUAAUGUGGAUUGGAAUGGAUUGGAAUGUAAAAUGGAAACUGGAAUGGCAUGGAACGAUAUGUUGAAUGGAAUGUGGAAUGGAAUGGAAUGGAAUGGAAUGUGGAAUGGAAUGUAGAAAGGAAUGUGGAAUGGAAAGUGGAAUACAACUUAAUGGAAUGUGGAAUUGAAUGUGAAAUGGAAAACAGAAUGGAAUGUAAUGGAAUGUGGAAUGGAAUGUGAAAUGUAAUGUGAAAUGGAUUGUAGAAAGGAACGUAAUUGAAUUUGGGAUGGAAAGUGGAAUGGACUGAGGAAUGGAAUGGAAUUGAAUGUCUAAUGUAAUGUGGAAUGGAAUGGAAUGUAUUGUUGAAUGCAAUGUGGACUAGAAUGUGGAAUUGAAUGGAAUGGAAUUUUGAAUGGAAUGUGGAAUGGAAUGUUAUGCAAUGUGGAAGGGAAUGUGGAAUGGAAUGUGGAAUGGAAUGUGGAAUUCAAUGCUGAAUGGAACGGAAUGGAAAGUGGAAUGGAAUGUGAAAUGUAAUGGAAUGGAAUGUGGACUGGAAUGUGGAAUAGUCUGUGGAAUGGAAUGUGGAAUGGUAUGUGGAGUGGCAUGUGGAAUAGAACGGAAAGAAAUGUGGAAUGGAAUGUGGAAUGGAACGUGUUAUUGAGCGGAAGGGAAUGUGAAAUGAAAAGUGGAAUGGAAUGUGGAAUGGAUUGUGGAAUGGAACGUGGAAUGUAAAGGAAAGGAAAGUGGAAUGGAACGUGUAAUGGAAACCGGAAUGAAAUGUGGAAUGGAACGUGGAAUCGAAUGGAAUGGAAUGUGGAAUAGAAUGCGGAAAGGAAUGUAACGGAAUGAUGAAGGUAAUGUGGAAUGGAAUGUGGAACGCAAUGUAGAAUGGAUUGGAAUAGAAUGUGGAAUGAAAAGGAAUGCUAUGUCUAACGGAAUGUGGGAUGGAAAGGAAUGCAUUGUGGAAUGCAAAGUGGAAUAGAAUGUGGAAUUUAAUGGAAUGGAAUUUUGAAUGGAAUGUGGAAUGGAAUGGAAUGGAAUGUGGAAGAGAAUGCGGAAUAGAAUCUGGAAUGGAAUGUGGAAUGGAAAGUGCAAUUCAAUGCGGAAUUGAAUGGAAUGGAAUGUGGAAUGAAAUGUGGAAUUGAAUGCAAUGGAAUCUGGACUGAAAUGUGUAAUAGAAUGUGGAAUGGAACGUGGAAUGUAAUGUGGAGUGGCAUGUGGAUAAUAACGGAAUGGAAUGUGAAAGGGAACGUGUUAUGGAAGGGAAUGGAAUGUGGAAUGGAAUUUGUAAUGAAUGGUGGAAUGGAAUGGAAUGGAAUGUGGCAUGGAACGUUGAAUGGAAAGGAAUGGAAAGUGGAAUGGAAUGUGUAAAGGAACAUGGAAUGACGUGUGGAAAGGAACGUGGAAUGGAAUGUGCAAAGGAAUGUGGAGUGGAACGUGAAAUGGAAAAUAGAAUGGAAAGUGGAAUGGAAUGUAAAGGAAUGUGGAAUGGAACGUGGAAUGCGAUGUGGAAUGGGACCUGCUAUGUAAUGGAAUGGAAUGAAGAAUGGAAAGUGGAAUGGAAUUUGGAAUGGAAUGUGGAAUGGAAUGUGGAAUUGAAUGGAAUGGAAUGGAAUGUGGAAUGGAAUGGGCUGGAAUGUGGAAUGGAAUGUGGAAUAAAAUUUAGUGGAAAGUGGAAUUGAACGCGGAAUGGAAUGGAAUGGACUGGAAUGGAAUGUGUAAUGGAAUGAAAAAGAAUAUGGAAUGGAAUGUGGAAGGGAAUGGAAUGACAGGUGGAAUGGAAUGUGGAAUGGAAUGUAAUGAAAUGUGGAAUGGAAUGUUGAUUGGAAUGGAAUGGUAUGUGGAAUGGAAUGGAAUAGUCUUCAGAAUGGAAUGCGGAAUUUAAUGUGGAAUGGAAUGUGGAAUAUAAUGGAAUGGAACAUUGAACAGAAUAUUUAAAGGCAUGUGAAUAGGAAUGCAUUGGAAUGAGGAAUGGAAUGUGGAAUGAAAUGCAAAGGAAUGAGAAUCGAUUGUGGAAUGGAAUGUGGAAUGGACUGUGGAAUGGAAUGAGGAAUGGAAUGUGGAAUGGAAUGUGUAAUAGAUUGUAGAAUGGAAUGUGAAAUGGAAUGUGGAAUGGAAUGUAACUGAAUGUGGAAGUAAUGUGGAAUGGAACGUAACAGAAUGUGGAAUGGAAUGUGUAUUUGAAUGUGGAAUGGAAAGUGGAAUGGAACGGAAUGGAAUGAGGAAUGGAACAUGGAAUGGAACUUGGAAUGAAACGAGGAAUGGAAUGUGGAAUGGAAAGUGGAAUGGAACGUGGAAUGGAAUGUUUAAUGGAAUGUGGAGUGGAACGUGGAAUGGAACGGAAUGGAACAUGGAAUGGAACAUGGAACUGAAAGGAAUGGAACGUUGAUUGGAAUGUGAAAUGGAUCGUGGAAUGGAAAGUGGAAUGGAAUGGAAUGGAAUGUGGAUUGGAAUGUGGAACGGAAUGCGGAAUAGGAAGUGGAAUGGAAUGUGGAAUGGAAUGUGUAAUGGAAAUAAAUUCAUUUCGGAAUGGAAUGGGAUGGAAUGUGGAAUGCAAUGGAAUGAAAUGUGGAAUGGAAAGAAAUGGAAUGUGGAAUGGAAUGGAAUGGAAUGUGGAAUGGAAUGUGGAAUAGAAUAGAAUGGAAUGUGGAGUAGAAUGUGAAAUGGGAUGGAAUGGAUAGCGGUAUGGAAUGGAAUGGAAUGCAAUGGUACGGAAUAUGGGAUGGAAUGGAAAGGAACUUGUAGUGGAAUGUGGAAUGGAAUGCGGAAUGGAACGUGGAAUGGAAGGUGCAAUGGAAUGGAAUGGAAAGUGGAAUGGAACGCGGAAUGGAAUGUGGAAUGGAACGUGGAAUAGAAUAUGGAAUGGAAUGUGGAAUGAAAAUGAAUGGAAUGUGCAACGGAAUGGAAUGGAAUGUGGAAUGGAAUGGAAAGGAAUGUGGAAUGGAAAGGAAGGCAAUUGGGAAUUGAAUGUGGAAUGGAAUGGAAUGGAAUGAGGAAUAGAAUGUGGAAUGCCAUGGAAAGGAAAGCGGAAUGGAAUGGAAUGGAAAGGAAUGUGGAAUGGAAUGGAAUGCCAUGUGGAAUAGAAUGUGGAAUGGAAUGGAAUGGAAUCUGGAAUAGAAUAUGUAACGGAAUAGAAUGGAAAGCGGAAUGGAAUGGUAUGGAAUGUGGAAUGGAAUGGAAUGCAAUGUGGAAUGGAGUGGAAUGGAAAGUGGAAUGAAACGUGAAAUGGAAUGUGGAAUGGAAAGUAAUUGAAUGUGGAAUGGAAUGCGGAAUGGACAGGAAUGGAAUGGAAUGGAAUGGAAAGUGGAAUGAAAUGUGGAAUGGAAUGGAAUGCAAUGUUGAAUGGAAUGUGGAAUGGACUGGAUUGGAAUGUGGAAUGCAGUGUGGAAUGGAAUGGAAUGGAAUGGAAUGCUAAGGAAUGCAGAAUGGAAUGUGGAAUGGAAUGGAAUGCAAUGUGGAAUGGAAUAUGGAAUUAAAUGUAGAAUGGAAUGUAAUGCAAUUUGGAAAGUAAUGUGGAAUAUAAUGGAUUGCAACGUGGAAUGGAAUAUGGAAUGGAA